CCCAACGCGCCAUCAGCAGUUCGAACUGGUGGGGCGCUCCCGCUGCGAGCUUACGAGCCUGCUCUCAGCUCUCCUUCGGCACAGACAACCAAGCAAACAACGUUUGAAAGGGCAAUGCCUCUAUCGCCUUCGGGAUUACGAACCCCUUGGACGGGUGCACCAGUGCCUUACACACCAUACCAGCCAUUCUCGCCUGUGGUUCCAAUUACACCAUCGUUAGUGACGAAAGCAGACAGAAAGAGGAUGAAGCAGUUACAGCCCAAGACACCAACCGUGGAGAUGGUCAAGAGCAGUGACGAAAUGUGGUAGACAUGGGUUUAACGGGUUUAUUGGGUUGCAAUGAUUGCAAUGGAAGGUCUCGUAGGGCUCAUCCUGGUCUGAGCCUGUUUCCCGGCGUUUUUUUAUAUGGGCUUGUGUUUCAAAAUGUGAUGAAUGACGUAGAGGGAUGGGAUAUGCCUACUUUCAGCCCCAAAGCUUUUUACUUGUUUAUAAUUCUAUUAUACCACUUUUUGAGAGACUCUUGAAGGAGUUAAUUUAACGUUGGAGUUUCAAUUAUACAUCAAAACCAAUGGUUGUUUCUCUUCUCUAUCGGGGCUCGCCGUUGAAUAUUUGGCAAACUACCUACCUAAGUACUAGUCAUGCAGUAUUACUCUAUUGCUCUUUUCGCACUUCGAAUCC